AUGUCCAAGCCUUCCGCCCCAUCCGAGUCGAGCAAUAGAUCCACGCGGUCGAGAUCGCUAUCCUCGUCUAGUGCCGAGCCGGAAACGACAUCGCGUCCCUACAGGCUUGGCUCGUUGCGCCGGUCGAGCUCCAAGCACAGCACCGCGCAGAUCGAUCGGGUGCAUUCGGGGAGACAUCUGGAUGAUCAGUCCGUGUAUCACAGUGAUCAUGCCUUGGACUCGGACACGGACUCAGAAGGAGACGAGGUGAAAAGCGAGGAGCCCGUUGUGGAGGUGCGCGGGGGGGUCGUGAACGAGAGAGAUCGCGAUCUCGAAGCCGCUGGGCCACCGUCGGCGCCCGCUUUGGAGAAAGCCAGGACGGCCCGGUCUGAGAAUGAUCCCAAGCUGGUUACCUGGAAGGGCGCCGAUGACCCUGAUAACCCGAAGAACUGGCCCAUGAAGAAGAAGUGGGCGGCUGUCGUAACGGUCUCGUGCUUCACUUUCAUCUCGCCUGUGUCCUCAUCGAUGGUUGCGCCUGCGUUGACGGCCAUUGGGUCUGAGUUCCAUAUUACGGACGAGGUGACCCUCAGCAUGACGCUGUCGGUGUUCGUGUUGGCAUAUGCUGUUGGCCCGCUUUUCCUUGGCCCUCUGUCUGAGAUCUACGGACGGGUCAUUGUGCUUCAGCUCGCUAAUUUGUUUUACCUUGUCUUUAACAUCUGUUGCGGCUUUUCGAAGAACAAGGCGCAGAUGAUCGUCUUUCGGUUUUUGUCGGGUCUGGGUGGUAGUGCCCCUUUGGCAAUUGGUGGUGGCGUCUUGUCGGAUUGCUUCAAACCGGAAGAACGUGGCAAAAGUGUGGCGAUCUACAGUCUAGCUCCGUUGCUGGGCCCGGCCGUCGGCCCUAUCGCGGGUGGAUUCAUCGCGGAGAACACCACAUGGCGCUGGGUGUUCUACGCGACCUCCAUCGCGGAUGCCAUGAUCCAAUUCGCGGGUCUAUUCUUCCUUCGCGAAACCUACGCCCCUGUGAUCCUCCGCAAGCGCGCCCAACGCCUGCGCAAGGAAACCUCAGAUGAAACCUACCAGACCGAGCACGAACGGGCCAACCGCGCGCUCGGCGAGGUCAUGCGCAGCGCCCUGAUGCGACCCUUCCGACUCCUCGGCACGCAACCCAUCGUCCAGCUCCUCGCCCUAUAUCUGGCCUACAUCUACGGUACCAUGUACCUCGUCCUGGCGACCUUCCCGACCCUCUGGACCAGCCCAGCUUACUACAACGAAUCCACCGGCAUCGGCGGCCUGAACUACAUUUCCCUAGGAUUAGGCUUCUGGCUGGGCUCGCAAAUAUGCGCCCCGCUCAACGACCGGAUCUACCGCCGCCUGAAAGCCCGCAACGGCGGCGUCGGCCGCCCCGAGUUCCGCGUGCCGCUGCUGUAUGUCGGCGCGGUGUUCGUCCCCGCCGGCCUGUUUAUCUAUGGGUGGACGGCCGAGACGCACCGCCACUGGAUCGCACCCAAUAUCGGCGCGAUGCUGUAUGGUCUCGGCAAUAUCAUCACCUUCCAGUGCGUGCAGACGUACAUCGUGGACUCGUACACGCGGUUCGCGGCCAGCGCGCUGGCUGCCGUGGCGUGUAUGCGGUCGUUGGCUGGCUUCGGGUUUCCCUUGUUUGCGAGCUAUAUGUAUCAGGCGUUGGGGUAUGGGUGGGGGAAUAGUCUGCUGGCGUUCUUAUCGAUUGCGUUGGGCAUCCCCGCGCCAUUGCUGUUGUGGCGGUUUGGCGAGCGGUUGCGGAAGAUGAGUCCUUAUGCUGCGGGGUGA